GGUCAAAACUGAGAGGCGUUUCACAACUAACAACACACGCAAACACAGACACACAGUCAGUGAACAGUAGAGUUUGGUUCUCAACACGUGAGACAAGAAACAAAUGUAUUAUUUUAUUCUCCACUGAUAGAUGAGAGCAGUAUUAUUGGCUGUUUGAGUUUCAGAAAGUCGUUUGAGGAACUGCUGAGAGUUUCAGACUGAUUCUCUGAACUGAACUGAUGAAGAAAUGAAGUUUCCACUGACAGUUUGUGUGUUUCUGCUGACGGUGAUCAGUUCACUGUCUGUGGACAUUACAGUGAGAGGAACGGAGGGAGAACCAGUGAGCAUUAAGUGCCCUUAUCCAGGAGGAUAUAAAAACUAUUUCAAAUACUUCUUAAAAGGACCUUCCAAAAAGAGUGUCCUUAUACUACAAUCUGAUAGAGGAAAGUCUAAGGGCAGAUUCUCACUGCAGGAUGAUCAUAAGAGUUCAUUUACAGUAACCAUCAGUAACCUGAAGAUGGAAGAUGCUGGAACAUACGGCUGUAGAGCUGGAGCUGAACACUACAAAGAAGUCAAUCUUAUUGUGAUCAGAGCUCCAGAGACAACAAGACCUGUCCAGAUCUCAACAUCCACCAUUCGUCCGCAUACAAACAGCAGCACUGAACACACCAGCAAUAAACACACCAGCAAUAAACACACCAGCAACGAACACACCAGCACCGAACACACCAGCAAUAAACACACCAGCACCGAACACACCAGCACCGAACACACCAGCAAUAAACACACCAGCAACGAACACACCAGCAACGAACACACCAGCACCAAACACACCAGCACAGUGACUCAUCAAACAGAAACUGAAACAACAAGAACAACAACAGGAAAUACUAGAGUUGAACUCCAUCAGCAAACCACUACAAUGCGUACAGACCUGGUUUCUGUUGCUGGCGGUCUGGGUUUGUUUUUGCUGGUUCUGUGUUCGGGAACGCUUCUCAUCCUGAAAAUGAGGAAAAGGAAAUGUGGGACAGUUUUAUUUCAGCAAAAUGUGCAGCACAAUACAGAGACUGACCACAUGUAUGAAGAGAUUCCAAAAAGCGAUGGUGCCGUGGCAGCAUCUUCAUCCAGUCAGAUGUCUGCCUCACACCUCAACACCCACCCAAAAGUCUCUACUUUUUACACCACAGUAACCAAUCAGCAGCCUGAUUCAAACCUUAGUCACACCCACUCAACCAAUCAGGUGACAGAUUGGUCGUCUGAAGCAACACAGGACAGCAGGACAGAACUGAUCUACGUAACAGCAACACAUCCACAAAACGCAACAAAUGAGGAUCCGGUAUAUUCAGUGAUCAAUGAUAAAUAAAGAUCUGGAACCUGGUAAAAUCUAAAUUUAUAUAAUGAAUCAAAAUUGACACACUUUCCUAUACAAGAGUUUUUAAUCAUUUUUUUUCUGUGUGUAAUAUUACUAACAAGAAAAGUCACUAACAAUUAAAAAAAAAAAUAAAAAGAAAAAAAAGAAAGUUACAUGAAAUUCAGUGUUCUUUGAUUGUCUGGCUGAUUGUCUGUGUAUCGUAUAGUAAAAUUGCUUAUUGUUAGAUUAUGUAAGACCCAAAGAACACAAAGAGGUGAGAUUUAUGGCAUCAAACUAAAUUCACAAAGCCUAUAAGCAUAUUUGUACAUUUUAUUUUCUUUUGACCACUAGUUGGCGACAAUUUCAAUCUUCUUAGGCUCCUUGGUGCUAAUGACACAUAUCGAAUUUCAUAACCAUAUGCUGUUGCUUUCAUACAGUACAGUUGAAACUACACAAGAACAGUUUGGUCUAUCAAAAGGGUUUUAGUAACUUUUUGCCAGCAUGGGCUGAAGAUGAUCUGGGCUAAUUUAGUUAAAAAAUUGGACCAACUGUCUCGAACAAUUUAACAACAAGUAGGAUUGUCAGAGCCGAUAGCCUCGUGAGCAGCACUACAACAUAUAGCGCAAAUGCCUCCGGCGACUCGAGUUUGAUUCUCGGCUCCAGGUCCUUUUCCGAUCCUGUUCCUCUCUCUCCACUCCAUGCUGUUCUGUCUGAUCUGUCCGGUCCUAUCCAAUAAAGCCAUAUAAAGGCCAAAACUAUCUUAAAAAGAAAUAGAAGUUUUUUCAGAAAAUUUAAAAUAGAACAUUUUUCAUGAGGGAAUUUUGUUUCUAGCCCUUACGGGUCAAUGUUAUUAGCAUAAACAGCUAGUGGCACUAAAGGGUCUAAGUUAGAGAUUUCACAUAUGGUUAAUGUUCAGGCUAUCCACUAUCUGUGUGCCAAAUUUCACAACUUUCCUAUUAAAGGUUAUAUGGGCUGCCAUAGACUUAAGAGCAGAAGAAGACGACUAAAAAUAACAAUUUAUGCCAGCACACCAUACAGUAGGUGCAUAACCACUAAUCAGUCUUCUGUUCAGCCUGUGAGUUAAGUUCAGAGAGCUGCUCUACACUGCGCCCUCUACAGGUGAUGUACAAUAUUACACAGGGCCUCUACAUGCAUCGUUGACUCUCAUUAUGUAGCAAAUCUUUAUUUAAAAAGACUCUGUGUACUUUGACUGAAAUCUGCUGCAAACAAACUCAAGAAAAAUGGAAAAAAAAAAAAAAAAAAAAAAAUUUUGAAGGUUAAUUUAAAUGAAACUGAGGCCAGUUAUGAAACCUAAAAUACACAAAUGUUAACCUAAAAUCUUGAUGUUGAUUAAAAGUUUAAUAUAUUAUGAAUGCAAGUACCAUUUUUAUUAAUACUAUAUGCACAGAACAUGUCAGUGUAUACUGCAGAUGUCCUGUAGAGCUGGAUGUGUUUAGAGAGACGAAGGGGAAGGAAAUGUUCAUUUCAGUUGUGGACGCUGCAAUUACUGGACACAGAGGAGAUUGAGUUGACAUCAAAAGUUCAUAUGAAUCUAGAUAUGAAUCAAAUUCAAAGUAUUUUUGUAAAGGCGAGUGUUCAUUGUUAAACAGAAACUGAUCUGAGAACAGAGGAUGAAGGCAAACACUGGUGUGCUGUGAAGAGGACUUUAACUUCCGCUAUGUCUUUUACGGAUGACUGUUCAGAGAUUUUUGAUUGAAAGUUAAACAUGGUAAGUUGAUAUCUAAUUACGUCCCAUAGAGUGAUUACUAGUCAUUAAAGGGCACCUAUUAUAUAAAAAAAAAAUAUUCACUUUCACAUAGUGUUUGAACAUAAAUGUGUCAGCAGUGUGUGUACGCAACCACCCUAGAGUGGUAAAAAUCCACUCACUCUUUUUUUAAUCCCCAUAAAUCAUAAUAAGUGUCUCAGAACAAGCCAUUUGCAGAUCUUAUCAUUUGUGACAUCACAAAAUGCUUAGGCAUGUGAAUAGUUUGUGUGUGUGAAUGUGGUGCUUCGUUUAUGUGUUCAUGAUCUUGUUCACGCUUGUUCACACGUCACUGGUGUUUUUCUGUCAGUGUCUCAAACUGAAACUGAAAUAAGAACAGGAAAUACUACAGAUUAACUCCAUCAGCCAAACACUAGUAAGCACAAACUACACUACCCAUAAUGCAACUCACAUCACAUGAUCCCUCUUUGAAAGCAAACUGUUUUGAACAUUUGUGGAGACAUUUUACCUCUUGUAUAAACAUAAAAUGAUGCACAUAUCACCUUUCAUGUGGUUAAUUCAGUUUGACAUCAACCGUAAAGAGAAGUGUUUUCUUCUGAAGAGUCGAGGUUUACCAUUGCAGUUUCACUUCAGUUACACUAUAUAUUUGUAAUAUCACUAGAUCUUUGAUAGUACAAUAAUCAAAAUUAUUGAUAUCCAUAUUAAGUUUGUUAUACAUGUGGCAUAAGGAGGGCACUCUCGUAUCCAGAUAUAUACAAAGUAGUGACUACACCACCCCAACCUUAAUCAGCUGGGGAAAUAUCAACUAAGGGCACACAAGUUCGAUUUUCUUCCCACAAUUACUAAACAAUGAGACGUGGAUAUGUACAAAAAACACUUUAUUGAAUCAUGAUAAAUAGUUUUAAAAAGGAAUCACAGGAUUAAAGUAAUACAAUGCUGGUGGCAAAAUCUCACAACACACUCAGUGAAAUCCACUGCAAGGAAACCCACACCACAUGCUUUUAGGAAAUGACAAUUUCCAUCCUCCAAGAAUAGCCAGCCUGCCCACUUCGGGUCACCCCGGCUCCUAAAAAGGUAUUCUUCUUAUAACCCUUAUAUAUUUAAAUUUCUAUUUAGUUUUAGUACUUUUUAUUAAUUGUUUGUCUCUCUCUUUUUGACCUAUUUAGAUUCAACCUAAUAAAGCUAACUGACUCUUACUCUGCAAAUAUGGGUAUAGAAUUUCUUUUCACCUGUUUAUUCAAUUUGGUUUAAUUGGCCUAUUUAAUAUAGAGAACUUUGAAUUUGACUAUGAAUACAAUUCUUCCAAAUGACACUUUGAAAUACCCAUUUCACUCUUAUUCUUCGGAACAACAACAAUAUAAAAAAAAUAAAACCAAAUAAUUAAAUCAAACAAAAGAACAGUGGAAUUUUGGGAGUAGAAAAUCAGUAGAAAAUAAAAUAAAUUACAAUAGAUCAAACUUACUGCUCACAAUAACAGUCCCAAUGUGGAUUAGGGUUUCACCAAACUUUAGCUCCAGUUCAGUGCUGCUUACACGAGAUCCUCCUUCCGUAAUUGAGUUCUGAGCAGCACAAUUCAAUCAGAAAAAAAAAAGCGAAGGAAAA